GGUGGCGUCGCGCGAGGGCGGCCGCGGGGGCUUCGGGGCGGCGGGGGGAGAUCGGGGUGGCGUUGCUGUUUGCAUAUCAUCCAUGAACAGUUAAAGCCGCAGCUAUUCAAGUGCGAGUUUUUCUUUUUGUUUCUUGUUGCACAAGUUUUUGUUCAAUCACUUUGCAUUAAGGUAGAUUCUUGCUUGCUCUAUUCAUUUAUAUUUUUGGAUAAAAUUUUUAUACAUAAAUUUAGGUGUAAUUAAAUUUAGUAUUAUGGUAACAUACUUUCUCUGUUGAUUUUUUUUUUGCGGGUAUCAUAUGUUUUUUCUUUAGCAGAGCCUCUCGGUACUGUACCUACCGGCAUGGAGCGCUGUCCUGAUGAGUAGGCAAGAGGCGCCACGAGCUCCGCCCCCAUUGGCGCUCCUCGCCACCUCACGCAUCCACGUGUCCGCCCGCCUUCGGGUCCCACAUCCCCGACGCGCCACUCCUGACUCCCCCCGCCCCACCAGCUCGACACCCUCGUUCCCUCCCUGCACCGCGUCCACCAACGCCGUAGACAUCAAGCCAUGGGCCCACCACCCCGCGCGCCCGGCCCACGUGAGCCGUCCUCUCCUGCUUUAAAUGCUCCGGGCAUUCCACCUCGCUCCUCCAGCUCGCCACGCCUCGUCGGAGAGGAAGGUGGAAGGUUGGACGGAGAAGCGUCGCGAGCCCUGUAGCGUGGCGCCCGAGCCAUGGAGAACGGGGGUUCGUCGGGGUCGGGGCCCAACUCGCCGGCGCAGGCCGUCGGCGGCAGCGUUCCGCGACGCCAGCCGCGCGCCGUCGCCGACCCGCUUCUCAUCGUCUGCCGCUGCUUCGGCGUCGUCACGGCGGCCACCGCGCUCCUCUGCGUCGCCGUCAACGUCCUCUCCGCCGUCCACUCCUUCCGCGGCGGCAUUGACAUAAUCGGGGGCAUAUUCCGGUGCUACGCGGUGGUGUUCGCCAUCUUCGUCGGCGUCCUCGAAACCGAGUGGGAGUGCAUCAUCAAGUUCUGGAAGAUAUUUGAAUACUUGCCUGCGAGGGGGAUGCUACAGAUAUUCGUUGCUGUCAUGACGAAGGCAUACCAAAAUGUUGAGAGGAAUGAGCUGAUUUUGCUCCAGGAGAUUGCCAGCUAUAUGCUUCUUGCAUGUGGAGCUGUCUACAUAAUCUCGGGUAUAUUGUGCCUUGGUGUGUUAAAACGUCGUAAGCAGCAGAAAGCGACAUCACAGGAGCAAUCAGUUAAGGAUCUGAAGGAACUAGAGAAACGGAGAGAAGAACUUGAGUCACUGUUAAUUGCUGAGCGGUCUGAGCCAGCCUGAUGAGUGAUGACUGACCACAAUGAUCAAACAUCUCUCAUCCCCAGUGUAGAUACUUGUUUUUUUUCCAGUUGAUAGCAUACUGUUUGGUCUCAUAUGCAUCAGUUGUUCAUCCAGAAGUCACUUUGUUGAAGUGUAUCUCCUCCUGUUACAGUAGUGUAAGUAUGAAGCAUUGCUACUUGUUUAUACCUAGUUUACAGAUAAACUUGAUAUCUCCAUCCAUGCUGCAUAUCAAUGUGGCUUUGCAGUCGCAUGUGCCUCGCAUUUGAGAUUUCUCAUUUUAGUGA